UUUGUCCGUUCAAUGAUUCCCUCUCUCGAACAAAUACAGGCCUCUCGUCCAGGGCAUUCUCUGGCCGAUGCGCUCAACAUACUCUUCGAACAUUCCCCAGUCCUCAUCUCGAACCUCUCCCCCCAGCUCACUAGCAUCCUACUUACGCUCCCACCACUGCGCUCAUACUCUCAGCUAAUCGAUGUCUCGCUCAACCAAAUUGGCACGUGGGACCAUAAGAUGAGGGCGCAGUUCAUUUCCGGGCAUCCAAGAAUCGGAGAGAACAAAAAUCUCUCCAAGCUCAGUGCCAAGGAACAAGGAGCGACUUCGACGACCGCCGCUCCACCGCCAGAGGUUCUGGCUCGGUUGGCGCACUUGAAUGCCUGCUAUGAGAAGAAAUACCCCGGCUUGAUAUACAUCACAUUCGUUAAUGGAAGAACGAGAGCUGCCAUCGCAGAGGAGAUGGAGGACAAGUUGGGCAUCGUGCACUCCUUAUCUCCUGACGAUCCAAUAGUCGCAGACAUCGAACCCAUUGCGAUAGGGGGGCCGGGUUGGACUUCAGAGCUUGAUAGAGCGGUGGUAGAUAUUGGUCUCAUCGCGAAGAACAGACUAGGCGCACUGGGGAUAGAAUGAGGUAUAUCUCGUGUUGUCCAUGUACUAUCAUCAUUGUCAGCCAAAUAUACAGCAGAAUCAUCCAGUAAAUACAGAAAUCCCAAUAUCACAGGUCCAGAAGUAAUAUAUAUUGGAAAUAUUAGGUUGCACGUUUGGCUGCGGACACAG